AUGGAAGGCCGAGGACUGACUCUACGGAGUAAAUCUCGUCGCCAACGUCCUCAAAUAAGUGCCCCUAAACCAAUUUCUGGUCCACUCCCUCCAAAUACCAGAGCCCCCGAUGCCGGUCAAGAUGCCAUCUCCGUCGGUCGGGACCGAGCCCCUCAAAAUGAUGCCACCUCUGAUUUGGUGAAAAGAAGAUACUCGACAAGGUUCAAUACGCUUCCAGAUGCAGAAGGCAAUGCUCCUCCAGUUCCGUCCCUACCGCAAGUUCCCGUGGGAUAUACUGGGCUGGCUCCAGCCGGAGUUUCAAGGCUGCCAUCACCCGCAGAUGGUCCAACGCCCGCCCCGCGCGUUGACCUGAAUGCGCUCCGAGAUCCUAGCCUGCCAGUGGAAAGAUACGUCGCUAACCUCCUUGCCAACGCGUCGGAGGAGGAAAUCCAGAAAUACCAGCUGAGUCUCAGGAAAGUCAAAAACCGGACCUCAACCGACCUGCAACAAAAUGUGUACCAGAACCGAACACAAUUUAUCAAGAUCAGUAAAGAGGCGGAGAAGCUCAAAGAUGAAAUGCGGACACUUAAAACUCUCAUGGCGGACUUGACCACAGCACUUGGCCAAACCUCUGUGGGCAAUACUCCGAACCCCAUGUCACCGUCUGAUGAUCACUUUCCUAAGCGCAGCUCAAAUCGAAGCUCUGUCGCCAAUCUUGAAAGUAUGUGGAAUGUUCAAUUACAGACAUUGUGGAAGACAGUGGAAGGGUCUCAAAAGUUCCUUCCAGCGGUUCCCGGACGUCACAUCGUACUGGAAACUGGAAACUGGGCAGAGCUGGACUCAGCCACCUGGAAGCCCAAGCGACCUGUUCAUAUCGUCCUGUUGAAUGAUCAUCUGCUGGUAGCUGCGAAGAAGCGGAAGCGGGUUGACCAGAACAAUCCAAACCACCGCGGCCCGGUUCCAACCAAGCUUGUCGCGGAAGAGUGCUGGCCCCUGCAGGAUAUUGACAUGAUCGACUUGGCCGCAAACUUAGGAACUGGUGCGGCGCGCGAAGAGGCCCUGGACCGGGGCAUUGGUAAUGCAAUCAACAUUCGUGUGGGAUCCAAGCCGUUCACAUAUCGCCAAGACAAGCGCGAUACAUCUACCAAGAACGAACUACUCGCGACAUUCCGUAAGACUGUGGAGGAUCUGCGACGAAACUUGCGAUCCGAGAGUGAGGCUGCCAGCAAACCCAUGGAGGCGUAUGGAUAUCUUACCGGACGGCAUCUGUCCUAUUCGCAAAAGUCUGAAUCAUUUGACAUCGCAGAAAUCCCCCGCGACAAGUCUGGUGUGCGUAUUGAUGUCAAUGGCAAACAACAGAAUAUCCGCUGGGUGGAAGGGCAAGUGGAUGAGCUGGAUAUCGAUAUUGCGUUGCAGAGAUUUGAGGCAGCAGUUUCCACCGUUGAACGGCUGCGGAAGCUGGCAAAGGGUCUCAAGGGAAAUGCGAUUGCCCAGGAGGUAAUCAAUGUCAAAGUGGAUGGGCGAGCAACAAGACUUGGGGGCAUGCUCUCCCGUGCACUGGUGGAUACACACUCGUUCCCGAUGAAGACCAAGACCAACGUCAUCUGGCUAAGUCGUUUGGGAUUCGAGGAUCAGGCACGAGAGACCUAUCUCAAGACUCGAAGUGAUGUUAUUGCUAAGCGUAUCCGCGCCUGCGUCUUUGAGGGUGAUCUGCCCCUCUACAUCUUCCAAAUUUCUUUCGUCUACUUUUCCCUAAUCAAGAACACCAUUAGUAUCUACCAGACAUGCUUCCCAGGUGUGAUGAGCAGUUCUUGUAUACGAUGGGCCAAGGAGCAUCUGGACGGGUUCAAUGCUCUACUCAGUCGCCAGCUUAGUAGUGUCCAGCGUGGCACUUCUGUCUGGGAGAAAUGUCUUGACAUUGUACACCAGCAUGUCGACAUGUUGACUGAGGUGGGUGUUGAUUUCAAGGACCUUGUGGCACGAGGACUGGAGGAGCAGGGUGAGCACUUUUCAGGCCGGACUGUUCAACCUGGCGAAUUGACACAACCGGCGGCGCCAGGUAUUAUCUAA